AUGUGGAAUGAUGUGAAACAUCUGCAACAGCAGGAGCAGCAGCAGCAGCAGGCAUUGGACGAGGCCUCGCAGUCUCUGGAAAACAAUGCUGUGAAUGCAACAGAAUCACCGCCGUUGAACGAAUUGGAAAAUGUGAACAUUUUUGAGCAAUUGCCGUCGCAGGCUUUAGCGACAACGCCUACACCACCAUCGACGAGUGCAUCGCUUUUCAUGAAAAUUAGAUUGAGAGAGUCUGAUGACUUACUAUUGUUCGAGAACAAUAGUUAUACGGUGCUUCGCGGCACAGUCGCCACCGAUGCACAAGAGGAUGACAAACGGGACGAUCAACUCAUGAUGAUGGACAAAGAAAAACACCGAAAAACAAACAACGUGGAAACACAAACAGUUGAUGCGCACUAUAAAACACGUGCCAUCAACACAAAUCACAUUGAAAAAUCAACGGUUGGAACAUUUGUAUCGAAUUACACGGUACACGAUACGUAUACGAAUUUGGAGCGAACAACGCAAUGCAUUCAAAUCGACUAUGACGAUCGACACGAGCAAUUAGAUAUAACCACAUACACGAGAGCUGACGGCUGCAACGAUUUAAGUGAAGAGCUUGAAACGAGCAAAUCAUUUCAAUUGUCAUCGAUGAUAUUGCAACGAGUGCUGGCUGGCAAUAUAUUCCAUGUGUAUCAGCGACGCUUUCGCAACAUGCACACAUCAAAAUCUCUGGAGCCAGUUGUGAAUUAUUUGUAUCGCUUGCAGUUCCUCUAUCGAUACAGAUAUCACGAAACAUCUGGCAGUGCCGUUUCAUGCAUGUCAUGGUGCCCCAGUAAUACGGAUAUACUCGCUAUUGGCUACGGCGUAUUCAAAUGUUCAGCAUGCAAGGAACAUGAACGCAGCGCCGUUUGUUUGUGGAAUAUUAAAAAUCCAGUGAAUCCAGAGCGAUGUUUCAAAUAUACCGUGCCCGUUACAGCCGUAUCAUUUUCGCAUGAAAAUUCACAAAUGUUGGCGAUCGGAUUUUAUGACGGCAGCAUUCGUAUCAUUGACAUAACAAUGGGUGAUGCAUCUAAUUUGGUAGCGAUAAGUGAACGGAAAACGUCACCAAGCAUUGAGCCCGUUUGGCAGAUGAAAUGGAUCAAAUCUAGAAACUCCGACGAAGAACUUCUGACCAUUUCACAGGAUGGUUUUGUCAUGUUGUACACAAUAACAAGCAAUACAUUUCUGAUUGGAUCACGUCAAAUACAGAUUUUCUUGGACGAAACCAAAACCAAAACUAUUCAGAUUCCAGCGAAUAGAUUUGCGCCAUUGCUAACGAUUGAAAUGCAUCCAAUCAAGGCGAACGUCUAUUAUGUUGGAACCGACGAAGGUAUCAUUCAUGAAUGCUCCAUAUACGACUCAUUUCAACACAAAAGCUUCAAGCAGGUUCACAAGCAUGGCAUUUAUUCGAUGCAAUUCUCACCGUGGAGUCCAAAAAUCUAUUUAACUUGCGGAUUUGAUUGGUAUAUUCGUAUUUGGAUUGAGGAUAUUGAGGAGCCAAUUAUUGAAUUACGCAGCGGUUUUGAGCCAAUCAAAUGUGCAUCGUGGUGUCCAGCAAACUCAACGAUAAUUGCCUGUACAACCGCAUCUUCGCUGAAUAUUUGGGAUAUAAAAACAAACUGCCUUUUACCGGCGGCUGUACAUCGCUUGAGCGAGUGGUACGGUGAAACAAAUUGCAGCAAUAGCAACAACAUCAGCAACGGCAACAGCACCAAUAUAACAACCGAAUUGACGAUUUGCUAUUUUACGGGCUGUGGCCAAUCCAUUGCGGUUGGGACUGAUGACGGUUCGGCCUUUGUAUUUGCUCUCGAAGACAUGCCAUUUUCACCACAUCUUCAAUAUGAUGCAUUAGAAGAAGCCAUUAUGCGAAGUUUAGUAUCGAAACCGGAACUUAAGCGGAAAAUAAAACAAUUAGGUUUUUUAGGCUAUUAACCAUUUUAGGAUUUUAUGUCAGCUUGGUUUUUGGUCGGUUUUAGACCCUCUCCGGUACUCACUCUUACUGCUAGUUAGUCAAAGCAUUUUAACCAUUUGUGUGUCUGUAUCUGUCUCUCAUCAUUUCCAUUUUGAUGCGCUGUGACACAUUAUCUGUGCAAAAGCGAAGCGUAAAUGUCACACAGCACAUGACUUCGCUCAC